AGGGGUGGCUGUUAUUGUUUCACUAGGCUCUGUCGGGCGCCUGUCUCCUACCGCUACGCGAGUGUCAGUUUGUCCGGCUUGUCAGCCCCUCACUCCCGGCUGCGGACGGCGACGGGCGGCUGCUGCGGCGGGCGGGGCCUGGCGUUAGGAGGCGGAGAGGCGCCGGGUGAGGGGCGCGGAGGAGGAGGAGGAGGAGCAGUAGCGGGAGGAGGAGCCGUGUGCCCUGGCACGGAGCGGCCGCGGCCAUGGCGUACGCCUAUCUCUUCAAGUACAUCAUCAUCGGCGACACAGGUGUUGGUAAAUCGUGCUUAUUGCUACAGUUUACAGACAAGAGGUUUCAGCCAGUGCAUGACCUUACUAUUGGUGUAGAGUUUGGUGCUCGAAUGAUAACUAUUGAUGGGAAACAAAUAAAACUUCAGAUAUGGGAUACGGCAGGGCAAGAGUCCUUUCGUUCCAUCACAAGGUCAUACUACAGAGGUGCAGCCGGGGCUUUACUAGUAUAUGACAUUACAAGGAGAGAUACAUUCAACCACUUGACAACCUGGUUAGAAGAUGCCCGCCAGCAUUCUAAUUCCAACAUGGUCAUUAUGCUUAUUGGAAAUAAGAGUGAUUUAGAAUCUAGAAGAGAAGUAAAAAAGGAAGAAGGUGAAGCUUUUGCACGAGAACAUGGACUUAUCUUCAUGGAAACUUCUGCUAAGACGGCUUCAAAUGUAGAAGAGGCAUUUAUUAAUACAGCAAAAGAAAUUUAUGAAAAAAUUCAAGAAGGAGUCUUUGACAUUAAUAAUGAGGCAAAUGGCAUUAAAAUUGGCCCUCAGCAUGCUGCUACUAACGCCACACAUGCAGGCAAUCAGGGAGGACAGCAGGCCGGGGGAGGCUGCUGUUGAGUCCGUUUUUACUGUCUCACUGCCCAAGUGGGGCCUACUCACUAUUUCUUUCACCCUCUCCUGCUCAGCUGAGACAUGAAACUAUUCUAAAUGGCUUUAUGUCACAGAAGACUUUAAUCUUUCAAAUUCUUGUAUAACUUUGAAUAAAUGGUUAACGUUCACUUAAAAAGACAGAUUUUGGAGAUUGUAUUCAUAUCUCUUUGCUUUUGAUUUCUAGGUCAAUUGAUGUGAUUAUUUUUGUUAAAUGUUGUCUCGUGCCCUUACCUACGAACUGAAUUAUAGUAAACACUACAAAGUCAUCUCGAGUAUUUUAAAUUGGUUUGUGUAGUUAGGUUUCCCAACACCUGUGGUUACCUAAUGUUUAAUAAUAAUGGAACUGUCCUCAAAAAGUUUGUCAAUUUUCAAAGUUAUAAGGAAAAGCAGAAGGAUUCUUUUAAUUCUGUAUUUAUCAUUUACUUUCUGUAUAUAUAGUUUAAUAACCUGCUUGGGUGUAAUUUGCCAAGCUUGAAUUCAUUAAUGCAUUUGCAUAAACUCUGAACCAUUUAGAGCUUAAGGCUACUGGAGCAUUGUUAGAAAUUGCUUGGACACUGAAUUUUAAACUUUUUGACGUUGUUAGCAAGCAUGUUCAUCUUUUCUUGUCACUAGUCCAAGAAAAAUAUGCUUAAUAUACAUUUUAAAAGCUAUGUAUAUGUUAACCUGUUUUAAUGCCAAAAGUUUGCUAUUUGUCCACAGUUUCUUUAAGACCUCUUCAGAAAAGGAUUUGUUUGCCUUAACACUGUUGGGUAACAACACAGUAAUGAGCGAAAUGGGCAAAAGCAAGAAGUCCGGACACCUAAGUGAUUCCAAGAAGAAUGAAUGACUGUCCACAUUUAAAUGGCACAUUAUGAGGACUUUAAUUUUUCCUUAAACACAAUAAUUUUUUUUAUUCACAUGAUUUCUAAGUAUUUUUCAUGCAGGACAGUUUUUCAACCUUGAUGUACAGUGACUGUGUAACAUUUUCUUUCAGUGGUAGCCUAUAAUAUUUAAAAUAUGGUAAGCAUCUUGUCUGUUUUGAAGGGGAUAUGACAAUAAAUCUACCAGAUGGAAGAUCCUGUUAAAAAGUAGAAAAGCUUUAGUAACUUACUCAGUGUGGUGGUUUUAUCUUUUUUUUUUCCAUUUCUUUUCUUGGUCUAUAAUGAAAUUGUUAUAGCAGUGCAAAAUAAAAUCCUAUGUAUAAAA